AUGGUGAAGAAUCACCUAGAUAAAAAUGGUAGCUUCACGGGCAGCCCUAAACCACCUCAUCCGACCACAUCAACUGAUCCACAUUCGCGAAAAAGCAGCCAGGAAGAAUUGGAUCACUCCUUGAAUCAUCACAAUGAGGAUGUCAAGAAGUUAUCGGAUGAUAUUGAUCGAUUCAUCGAUGAACUUUCAACAUGUCAUGAUAAAUCAAAUCCCCCUGAAGUCCCUGAAAUCAUUGAGACAUUCUCAAAAAUCAUCGAGUCGAAAAUCAGCAAGCAUAAUACUUGUGAAAAUUCGUCCACAAGAUUAUGCAAGAUGACAGAGGAGGACAACUUUUUCGUUGAAGCAGUGUCACGUUUAUCCAAAUUGACUAAUUCCUUGAGUGAAUUUCCUUCAGGUUCAACGACCACUAGGUCGUUGAACAGAACGAGCAUGGUCCUACAACGGGCCAUGACGUUAAUGGAAGAGGAUUUGAGAGCCUUGUUAGAAGAUUCUUCUUCAAGUCAUGUUAAAGUUUAUAAAAACUCUUCCUUCAAUUCAAACAGGCUAUUAGUAGAUGGGGAACAAUGUAGUUUAACUCUUUCGGACUCGAGUGGAGAGGAGGAACAUCCGUCAUUUCCUCCUGACACGGUGACAAGAAUGAACCGAAUAGCCUCUACCAUGAUCAUGGCAGGCUAUGAAACAGAAUGUUGUCAAGUGUACUCGAUUACGAGAAGAAAUGCAUGUGUAGAACAAAUGAAGAAGCUCGAAUUCGAGAAGAUCAACAUGGAGGAUGUUCAAAGAAUGCAAUGGGAUUCUUUAGAAGGAGAGAUCACACGGUGGAUCAGAGCUGUUAAAAGUUGCUCAACAACUCUGUUCCCCGGUGAAAAGAGACUCGGGGACUCUGUUUUCUCCGAGUCUCCAAUGAAUUCUCAAAGCCUAUUUAGCAACCUAGCUCGCGCAAUUGUCAUUCAGCUUCUCGACUUUGCUGAGGCUGUAACUAUGACCAAACGCUCCGCAGAGAAACUCUUCAAAUACCUAGACAUGUAUGAAGCUUUGCGUGAUCUCAUUCCAUCCAUAAAAAACUCGUCCUCAAAUGAAUGUGAGAACGAAUUGAAUUCAGAGAUUCAAGCUACAAUAGACAGGUUAGGUGAAUCAGCUGUAAGUAUAUUUAGUGAUCUCGAAAAUUCCAUAAAGAACGACGUUGCAAGGACACCCGUCCCUGGUGGGGCAGUGCACCCCCUAACGCGUUACGUUAUGAAUUAUUUAAAAUAUGCUUGUGAAUACAAAAUCACCCUAGAGCACAUCUUCCAUCAACACGUAGAAGCAGAGAACAAUAGCCCACAUUGUGACUCCGAGACAACGCCAUUUUCAAUACAGCUCGUGACGAUAAUGGACCUUCUUGACACGAAUCUUGAAGCAAAAUCAAACCUUUACAGAGACCCUGCUUUACGCGAUAUUUUUCUAAUGAACAAUGGUAGGUACAUUUUACAAAAAGUGAAAGGUUCCGCGGAGAUACAUCAAGUGAUGGGCGAUACGUGGUGUAGGAGACGAUCAACGAUCGUUAGACAUUACCACAAGAACUAUCAAAGGGAGACAUUUGGUAAAGUACUUCAAAUCCUAACACAUGAUGGAAUGCAAGUACACGGGAAAGUGGCGAAAACAACAGUUAAAGAGAGGUUCAAGAAUUUCAAUGUGAUUUUCGAUGAAAUACAUAGGAGUCAGAGUACUUGGGUUGUGAGUGAUGAGCAACUUCAAUCAGAGCUUCGAGUUUCGAUAUCUUCAUUGGUGAUUCCUGCUUAUAGAUCAUUUUUUGGGAGAUUUAGACAGUAUUUGGACAAUGCAAAGCAAGCAGAGAAGUAUAUAAAGUAUCAGCCAGAGGAUAUUGAAAUAUUGAUCGACGAUUUUUUCGAUGGUAAUUCUACAUCAAUGGCUAGGAGGAAGACAUAG